ACGCAGUGUGAAUCUUCCAUAAAGGCAUGGUCAUAUGUUCCAAAUAUUCAAAUGGAUUUGUAUGGCAUAUAUAAAGCAUGCGUGCGCAAACAAAAUAAAUAAUAAUGAAAUUUAUCGAUGCUAAUUGAACUGUGCUAUAUAUGUGGAAUUAGACAAUCAGGGAUAAUAAUCAAGGAUAAUAAAUCUUUUCUUGUAGAUUUGGGUUGGACACGAGACAAAGUUACACAUAGUAACCAAGCACUGUGAGCUUUAAUUUGUGAAAGGUUACAAGCGUACUAUGGGUUUACCGAGGGUAUACUUUGACAUAACUGCAGAUGACAAGUCGUUGGGACGAAUUACUAUGGAAUUACGUCCUGACAUUGUGCCGAAAACAUCGGAAAAUUUCCGCGCGUUAUGCACAGGGGAAAGAGGCUUCGGUUACAAAGGAAGCUACUUUCAUCGUGUAAUUCCUCAAUUCGUUUGUCAAGGAGGUGAUUUUACAAAUCACAAUGGUACAGGCGGAAGGUCUAUUUAUGGGGAAAAAUUUGAAGAUGAGAAUUUUGAACUCAAACACACAAGCUAUGGCAUAUUGUCGAUGGCAAACUCUGGUCCAAAUACAAAUGGUUCACAAUUCUUUAUCACCACUGCGAAAACACCUUGGUUGGAUAAUAAACAUGUUGUGUUUGGUACUGUUGUUCAUGGAAUGGAUAUCGUGAGGAAAGUUGAAAGUUAUGGCUCGCAAAGUGGUAAGACAUAUGAGAAGAUCAUGAUAGCAAAUUGUGGUCAAUUGUGUUAAAUAAAUUCAUAUAUUAUACAAUAAGAUUUAUUUAGAUUUCUUCAAAUGCUCAAUAUAAGUUUUAAUGAAAACUUCUAAAGCUAUAUAUGUAGAAAAUAAUAUUUUUAAUAAACAAACAAAUCUUGUAAAGAAACUAAAUUG